AUGUCCACUCCACUCCCCAUUGAUGUCCUCCCUACCUGGACACGGUUCAACAAUGUUGAGCUCGACGGCAUCCAGGUGGGACAGGUGGAAGGAAAGGGUCUAGGGUUUGUGGCAGACCGGGACUUCACCAACACGGACAAGGGAUCGCCAACACUGCUCAAGAUCCCCCGGGAUGCCGUCCUGUCGGCAGAAGCAGUUGGGGACUAUGCAAAGGUGGAUCACAAGUUCCGACAGCUGCUUGAAGGCAUGGGCCACGAGGUUGGUCCUCCCCCAACAUGCGCAACCCUAGACGUCUGGCUUACCACCAGAGAACGGCAAACGAUGAAGACGCCAAGGACUGCCAUCAUGUUAUAUCUGCUGGCCCAUUACAGAGCCCCCGCGGGCGGAGGAGCCGGCUCGCAUAAAGGGAUCGCCUCUACCCCAUGGACCGAGUACAUCAGGUUCCUCCCGCGUCAAAUCCCGACUCCCACCCUGUGGACGGAGGAGGAGAGGCUUCUCCUGCGGGGCACAUCGCUCGAGAAAGCCGUGAAUGCAAAACUAGCCACCCUAGUCUCCGAGUUUGACCACUUGCGCGAGAUCAGUGCAGACUUGCCGUUCUGGCAGUCGCUGCUGUUUGGGGAAGACGCCAUCACGGUCAAGGACUGGGCACUAGUUGAUGCGUGGUAUCGAUCCCGCUGUCUCGAGCUCCCGAACGCAGGAGACAGCAUGGUGCCAUGCCUCGACAUGGCUAACCACUCAGACGCCCCGAAUGCUUAUUAUGAGGAGACGUCCGACGGAGAGGUGGUACUGGCGCUCAGACCUGAAUCCACUGCGUCCUGUGGGGAUGAAGUCACCAUCUCUUACGGUGCGGCGAAGUCGGCCGCGGAGAUGCUCUUCAGCUACGGUUUCAUCGACAGGAGCACGGCCAAGGAGGAGAUUACGCUGGCGCUGGAUCCGUUGGCCAGUGAUCCUCUGGCACAGGCAAAGGUUCACGUCUACGGGCGAUCGCCCCUAGUGCGGCUCACUCGGGCCAAGGGGGAGGCGGGCGUGAGCUGGCAUAGCCCCUUUGUUUACCUGAUGUGCGUCAACGAGGAGGACGGGCUCGAGUUCAAGCUCUUGCAGGACAACGCCGGGGGAAGAGAGCUCAGAGUCUUCUGGCAGGACGAGGAUGUGACGAGCAAGAUUGACGACUUCGAGUCGCACGUCCAGACGCACGAUCUUCACUCUGUGUUUCAACUCAGGGUCGUAUCCGUCCUGCAGCAGCUGGUCGAGGCACAGCUGGAGCGAACUCGAAGCAGCCCCAUCCCUGAACAGGAACACGAUGCGAGCUCGAGGCAGGCAGGUGGAGCAGACUACGUUCGGAUCGUUGCGACACUGCGCGAGAUGGAGUGCUCGCUCUUGGAAGAGGCCGUGGCGUCUCUAGCAGAACAGCAAGAGGCCCUGCUUCUAGAAGACGAUGUGAGGGUGUAUCUCGGGUUGACGGAAGAUGGCCCAAUUGAGACACCGUCGGCUCAAGUGACCAAUGAGGAGCCGGAUUUCAGCUGA